AUGUCUAGCUCAUCUAGCUCUAGCGAUGAUGAAAUGAUAAAGACGUUCUUUCUUAUGGGAGCUGAUGUCGUUGAGGAAGAAGAACAAGAGAAAUGUUGUUUGCUGGUAAUGAUUGCAGACACUGGUUCAAUACAGAUUACAGACAGAUGCCCUGUUAUUCUUGUAUCUGUAUGUCCAACUUGUGUUGGUGAAGGUGAAAUCAUUUCCGAGUAUUGUCGGAAGUGUGCUGGUGAAGGGAGAAUUCGUGUCAAAAAAGAUAUUAAAGUGAAAAUACCUCCUGGUGUUAGUAAAGGGAGCACACUUCGUGUUCGGGGUGAAGGUGAUGCUGGACCUAAAGGGGGACCUCCAGGAGAUCUUUAUGUGUGCCUUGAGGUGGAAGAGAUACCAGAGAUACAAAGAGAUGGCAUCAAUUUACGUUCAACUGUUUCCAUAGACUACAUUGAAGCGAUCUUGGGUUCGGUUGUUAAGGUGAAGACAGUUGAUGGAUCUAGUGAACUUCAAAUACCACCUGGUACUCAACCUGGGGACGUGGUUGUUCUAGCAAAGCGAGGUGUCCCGAAACUAAACAAGCCAUCUAUACGUGGUGAUCAUUUGUUCACUAUUAAGGUCUCUAUACCAAAACGUAUCAGUGGAAAAGAACGUGAACUUCUUGAAGAACUUGCAUAUUUGAACGAUAAGUCAGUGACACGCGUACGUCCUCGUCACAACACCGAACCACAAAUUAAAAGAGCAGAAAGUCAAACGAACGUCGAGAAAGAAGAUCCUGAAAAGCCUAAGGAAGAAAAUGACUUGUGGAAGCAGCUAAAAGACUUGGCUGGGUCUGCUGCAAACGGAGUGCUGAAAUGGCUUAACGACAACCUUUGAUUCAAGAUUAAGAUUCUCGCAAUUUUUGAUCAUAUCAUUCUGUGCAAUUGGGCCAACAAUUCUUUUUUUUUUUUUUUUUUGAACUUUUCCCAUUCUUAUUGCAAUUAGGCCAGAUGCCUAAUUUCGUAGGGUGUUUCUUUAUAUGCUCUUGUAAAAUUAGUUAUACAUAAAAGCAGUGUGUAUGUGCUUUGGCAGAGGAAAUUAAAAAAAAAUCAAAAUUUUCAGGCUC